GGAAACGGAGAGCGCGGAGAGAAGGUCACACAGGAGAGCGUAAGUUCCUCCUUUCUAAUGUAAAUCUGUGCUGCGUGGUCCCCCUUCCUCCGUCCUCAGGGUGUGGGAGUCACUGCGAACCUAAAAUCCCAGCACCCGGCCCUCCGGCCACGUAAGUCCGGACGGCGCCGCUCCAGUGCCUGUGCCCAGAGGUCCCUGUGCCUUUCAGCCCUGUUUGCUCCUGCAUGUGUGGAAGAGAGGAGGAAAAGUAGAGGAAGUGAUGGGGAGCCUUUAGGAGUCUGCAGGAGGGAUUUAGAAGAUUGACUUCUGAAGACUCAUGUUCCCCGAGGAAGAAGCCCAGGAGAGGAGGAAGAGGAUAGCAAAGAAGUCAGGAAUGGCUCUUUCUCAGGAAGGGUUGACCUUCAAGGAUGUGGCCAUCAAGUUCUCCCAGGAGGAGUGGGAGUGCCUGGACCCUGCUCAGAGGGCCUUGUACAGGGACGUGAUGUUGGAGACCUGCAGGAACCUGCUCUCCCUGGCUAUCUCUCAUAUACAUGUGAUCAAGAAAUUAAAACCAAAGGCAAACAGUGAUAUAGGAGAAGAAUUCCAAACAGUGAUGCUGGGAAGACAUAAAAGCUGUGAAAUCAGAGAUUUUUACUUCAGAGAAAUCCAGGAAAACAUACAUGUCUUUGAGUGUCAGUGGAGAGAUGAUGAAAGAAACGACAAAGGAAUGCCCAUAACCCAUAACAAAAAUCUCACUGACAGAAGAGAUCAACAUGGUAGAAGGGAUACAGGAAACAAACCUAUUGAAAGUAAGCUUGCAUUAAGCUUUCAUGAUGAACUACAGAUAUUUCAAAGUGAAGAGAAAAUUUUUGAAUGUGAUCAAGCUGUGAAAUCGAUCAACAGUAGUGCCUCAGCUUCACCACUUCAAAGAACUCCUCCUAGUGUGCACACCAGCAUUUCUAAUAUAUAUGGGGAUGACUUUAUGCCGCCUUCAGUACCGACACAAGACCAGAAGGCAUACAAGGAAAAACCUUACAAAUGUAAUGAAUGUGGCAAAACCUUUCCUUAUGGCUCAAACCUCAGUAGACAUCAGUUAAUCCAUACGGGAGAGAAACCAUAUAAUUGUGAUGUAUGUGGCAAGGUGUUUAGUCGAAAUUCACACCUUGCCUGUCAUCAGAGAAUUCACACUGGAGAGAAACCUUACAACUGUAAAGAGUGUGGCAAAACCUUUAAUCAGCGCUCAAACCUCUCUCGACAUCAGAUAAUCCAUACAAGAGAGAAAGCAUAUACAUGUGAUGUCUGUGGCAAGGUCUUUAGUCGAAAAUCAAUCCUGGGUAGUCAUCAGACAAUGCAUUUUGGAGAGAAAUCUUACAGAUGUAAUGAAUGUGGCAAAGCCUUUAGGAAGCGCUCAAGCCUUACUCAACAUAAGAGAAUCCACAGUGGAGAGAAACCUUACCUAUGUAUUGAGUGUGGAAAGGCCUUUAGGAAGCGUUCAAACCUUACUCAGCAUAAGAUAACCCAUACUGGAGAGAAACCUUACAAAUGUCAUGAGUGCGGCAAAGCAUUUAGUGUGCAUUCAGCCCUAAGGAACCAUCAGAUAAUCCAUACAGGAGAGAAACCAUAUAAAUGUGAUGUCUGUGGCAAGGUCUUUAGUCGAAAUUCAAUCCUUGCAAGUCAUCAGAGGCUGCAUACUGGGGAGAAACCUUACAAAUGUAGUGAAUGUGGUAGGUCAUUUAUUCAGCGUUCACUCCUUUGGAUUCAUGAGAAAAUUCACACUGGUGAGAAACCUUACAAGUGUAAUGAAUGUGGCAAAGCCUUUCCUGUGCGGUCAAUCCUUACUCAACAUAUGAGAAUCCAUACUGGAGAGAAACCUUAUCUGUGUAUUGAGUGUGGCAAAGCCUUCACAAAACAUUCAAAUCUUAAUCAACAUAAGACAAUCCAUACUGGAGAGAAACCUUACAAAUGCGAUGAGUGUGGCAAAGCUUUCACCCAAGUUUCAAGUCUUAGUAGGCAUCAGAGAAGGCAUACUGGAAAGAACCCAAAUAAAUGUAAUGUGUGUCUCAAGGCUUUUAUCCACCAUUCACAGCUUUGUGAUCAUGAGAGAACCCAUACCGGAGAGAAACCUUACAAAUGUGACAUGUGCUGCAAGGCCCUUCCCCAGCAUUCACAACCUUGGGGUCAUGAGAGGACUCAUACUGGAGAGGAACUUUUCAAAUGUAAUGUGUGUGGCAAGGCUUUUAUCCAACAUUCAAGCCUUAUGGCACAUCAGAGAAUUCAUACAGGAGAAAGACCUUACAAAUGUAAUAAAUGUGAUAAAGCUUUUAUCCAGAAUUCACAGCUUUGGCAUCAUGAGAGAACACACACGGGAGAGAAGUCUCAUGAAUGUAAUGAGUGUGGCAAAGCGUUUACAGAUCGUUCCCAUCUUAAUCGACAUAGGAUAAUUCACACAGGUGAGAAACCUUACAAAUGUCUUGAGUGUGGCAGAGCUUUUACCCAAUUUGCAAACCUUGCUAGACAUCAGAAAAUACAUACUGAAAAGAAGCAUUAUAAACCUGACAUAUGUGGCAAUGCUUUUAUUAAAAGCUGAAGCUUUGGGGAUCAUCAGAGAAUUCAUGGUAGGAAGAAGCCUUACAAAUACAGUGACUGAGAUAAAACUUAGGUAAGUGUUGAAGCCUUAAAGUUAGAGACCCCAUCAAGGAGAGAAAUUCACAUAAAACGUACAGAUGUGGCAAAGUCUUUACCCAGGCCCCACGCUCAUUCGGUGUCAGAAUAGACAUCUUUUGAGAGGAACCACACAACUGUAAUGUAUGGCAAAGGUUCUGCAAAGUUUAAGCCUUGUGGAACAUAACAGAAUUCUUACUAGAGAGAAACCAUACAAAAGUAAUGACUGAUCAGCUUUAUCAAAGAUAUAUACCUCUGUGGUCGUGAAAGAAUUCAUAUAAGGUAGAAACUUACAUAAAGGUGUCAAGACCUUUAAGCAGCGACCUCGGGAUAUACCACACAGAAUUCAUACUGGACAGAAACAUGACAAAUGUCAUGAAGGUGGUAAACUGUCCAACCACUGCUCUCAAUGGACUACACAUAAGA